UUUUUAACAUCAAUCAGAACCCCUUGCACCGCUUGCACGUGUGCAAAGACAAACAAUUAGAAAGCGAAAGUACAAAUCGUAUAAACUUUCCUAUAUUAUUCAUCAAUAAGUUAUGGUCUUGCAUAUGGAAAAAUUAUGGAGUCAAUGAAAAUAUAUAUUUGAAUAAUUCUGCAAGUCUGUCGUGGGUUUUAUUUUUUGUACACAGAAUAGGCUGACGUAACCUGAAACUUCUCUAUGAUGGUGAGUUUGGAGUGCUUUUAAAAUAGCUGUCUGUCUUGUCCGACAAGUUUAGAUUUGCGAAUCUGUAAGACUUGAUUCGUUGGUCUUGUACUCUUGUUUCUUGUGACAGCUAAGUUUUGUUUCUUUCAUCUUCUGCAAUAAUCUUUACAGCACAAUUGCUCUGAAUUAAUAAACCACCGUGUCUGUAUCUCAAGUGGACACAUAUGAACAUAUUUGCAAAUGCCAAAACACUUGAGUGUCAGUCAAAGACAUUUUCUUGUUAUCGGCAGUCAUUAACAAUGGGUGGUAACCAAGUGACGAGAGAAGCAAUGGUUUGGUUGAGUUUUGGAGAUACGUCGCUUUAGCAAACCAGAAAUUGAAACAUUCCCCUAACAUUCAGACCCUAAUGCUUGUCAUUUUGUGGCUUACAGUUAUUGCAAUAAUAAAAUAUCAAAGUUCAUAGUAGGGUUUAAAGAAACUAAAACUCUACCUGCAAGCAGACAACAUCCGCCUCAAAUAUUGAGACCUUAAUAUGUUUUCAUACAGAAUUAUUAAAUUAACAUCUUGCUCAUAUUUAUCCGCAGAUUUCACAGGUAAUACCUUUGCUUUUUCUUGUAUAUUUUGGUCUUUAGUUCACUUCCUUGAUCGAUUAUAUCCUUCCCUCCCGCUUUAUAGACUUUUCUUUCAAACUCCAGGAGCUAGAUGCUGUGGCGUGUAAGGUACCUGAGUAUUGUGCACAGAAAUUAUGAAGACACCGACGGUAAGACAGCUACAAAGAAUUGAAAAGAAAAGAAAAAAGAUGGCUGCCCUUCUUGAGAUUACCAAGCUCAAUGACAAAGACAGAGAAGCCAAAGCUCUUGCCUUGAAACAGGCUGUAGAGGAGUUGAAGAUGAAUGUGUCAAAUGAUCAAUCUGGCAGUAACAGUGAUUCAAGUAGCAAAAGUCCAAGCCGAAAAAGACCAUGUAUAAGAACCAUAGAGGACAAUGCCCUUGAGCAAAUAGAUUCCAAGCCUUUAACGAAUGAAAAUGAGGGAAGCGAGGAGCAAAAUUCAGUAACCAACAAAAAGCCCAGACUUAGUGGCGAGGAAUACCUCAAACUGAAGCAGGAGCUAAGAGAGCGAAAGCAGAGGUUGAUGUCAAUCCCUAGAUUUCGUUUGAAAAACGUUGGAGAAAAUGCCAGCAUUGAUAAUAUCAAAGGUGACGAUAGGAUUCCAAUUUUUCUCAGCGAUGUUCAACAUUUAUUAAUGUAUUCCCUCCUUGGACAUCACUCUCCGUAUCUACCAGCAAGGUGGUGUUCACUGGAAAAGUACAAUAAGGUAUCGCAUACAUCUGUCCUUGUUGUGGAAGGCUUAUCAUUGUUCCAUUUUAUGGCUUAUGAAUCAAUGUUUUCUAAUAUUACGACCCACAUGUCGAAUCGACUGGAAGUUGUUACUCCGGCAGCCUAUGGCGGGUCAGUUGUCGAAGAACUCGCUGCUGUCCCACUCACAGGAACCCAAAGUCAGCGGCUAAUUCGAAUAAAUUGGCUUGUUACAGAGUUUGGAUCUCUGGAGGCAGCGUUGCAAAGUACUGGAGAUCUUGUUAAGCUUUUAAGGACAGUAUUUCCGAUGCGCCCAGGACAGACUUCAGCUGAUGAGAAGUCCUCUUCAGGUGCCAAAAUUCACGAGGAAUUACCUAUCACUGAUAAGUUCCCAAGAACACAGCUUUUGCUGUCCCCAUGGCAACUCGUUGAAGAGAACUAUCCUUUGCCGCUCAAAGGCGAACUGGCGAAAAAGUACAAGGAAUACAUUUUGACAAAGGACACGUACCUAGAGGCUACGCCACGAUCUCCUAUGUUUGGCUUGGAUUGUGAAAUGUGCAGGACAACGACUGGCCUUCUUGAACUCACCAGGAUAUCCGUAGUCGACGAAAGGAUGAACAUUAUCUAUGAGACACUUGUAAAGCCGGACAACAGGAUCACAGAUUAUCUGACCAGAUAUAGUGGGAUCACUCGAGAGUUGUUAGAAGGGGUUACCACGACUUUAUUCGAUGUUCAGCAAGCCUUGAUGAAAAUACUGCCACCAGACGCUAUUUUAAUUGGUCACAGUUUGAAUUCUGAUUUACACUCGCUCAAGAUGAUGCAUCCUUACAUCAUCGACACUUCUGUGAUAUAUAAUAUCACCGGUGACAGGUAUAGAAAAACGAAGCUGCAAACAUUAGCAAGAGAAUUCUUGAACGAGCGAAUUCAAGAAGGUCGACGUGGUCACUGCCCCGCAGAGGAUUCAAGAGCGUCAUUAAAAUUGGCUCAGUUAAAGCUUGCAAACAGUGUUGAUUUUGGUGAUUCAGUGUUGACGGGUCAGAGGGAUAUGGAGAUUUUGAAGAUGGGGGCAGAGAAGAGGAAGUCAUUGAAAACAGUGGACACGUUCGAGCUUAGGAAUUAUGCUACAUCCAUUUUCAACCACGUUACCAAAGACAAAAAGUCAGCCGCCAUCAUUGGUACCGAAGAAGUGAUGAAUGAGUACUCGAGAUAUCUAAAAAAUUCAUCGCUCAGCAUCAUGGAUGACAAGAAUUUCGAAGCUAGUGAUCAAGUGCGGCUUGUAGUUGCUGAGAACAAUAAAAACGCGGUGAAGAGGGCAUCCAAUGUUUUAAUGGAGCACGCGUUUACUCUUUGCCACGUUCGUAUAUCAGAGGAACAGCUAAUGGACGAAAAUAUUGAAAAAACUUUUAAGGCAGUGAAUAAGUGGGUUCGUAAAAUAUGGCAACAUACAGCGCUUCAUGGUUUAGGCUGUGUCGUAUUCAGCGGUCAAAACAAUGCUGCUAACGGCGCCUGUUUCCUCGACUUGAAAACUGACAUCACAGUUUUAACGCCAUAAUCGAAAAUACUUGUUGAGUCUCAGCAGAAAAACAGAAAGAAAAUAUAUAAAGGCAGUGGCAUCAUUUAUAUGCUGGCUGACCGUCCGCUAUUGGGCGACAUAAUUUGAAUAUCGGAACUGAGAGUGAGAUACCCUUAUUUUGAUAUUCAUAUUUGCUAGCAAUGUACAAACAAAUGUGUUGUUAAUAAACAUUUUAUAUUCUGUU